AUGAUGGUAGAAGAUAGAUUGAGCAGCUUGCCAGAUGAGCUUAUUCAUAAGAUUCUGUCUUGUUGUGACAUAAAAUUUGCUGUUAAAACAUGUUUGUUGUCAUCAAGAUGGAAGCUUGUCUGGACAUCGUUGCCCUGUCUCAACUUCUCAAGUCGGCAGUUUCGUACUUUACAUAAGUUUGCCGAAUUUGUGACUCAUUUCCUGUCUCAACGCAACCAUCAAAUACAAGUGUCUUCCGUAAAGCUACAUUUCUAUGGAGCAGCUAAUAAGGAUUUUGUGAGAAAGAUUGCAAACUAUGCAUUUUCUCACAAUGUUCAAGAACUAACUGUCUCUAGUUCGUGCUCAAAUAGCCGCCAAGUUUACCCUUCUUGCCUAUUUAGGUCUCAGUCUCUUAAGCAUUUCACAUUCACUUGCAAUUAUAUGCGACUUUGCACUACUAAAACUGAAGCACCUUUGGAUUUUCCAUCUUUAACAACUUUGAAUCUCAGUUACAUCACAUUGUCGGGUGAUCUUUUCUCCAAGUGCGUAAACUUAAAGAAUCUCACUUUAGAAUGGUUCACCAUCAAGGAUGUGGAAGUAUUUGACAUCAUUACACCUCGUCUUUCUAAUCUCAUGCUUAUCCAUGGCAGACGUUCAAUAGCAAUCAAUGUGAAUGCACCUCAACUUGAGAAUCUCACAACAAGCAAUUGCUAUUUCAAUUCCUUGAAUGCUCCACCAGGACUUUCGUCUUUGUGCUACACAUUUCAGCUGUCGCCUUGUAGUCUUGUGCGAUUCUCUAAUGAUCAGUUUCAUUCUCUAAACAAAGUGACUAUCUGUUUGUCUGACUAUUAUCCAACCAUGCCAUGUAAGGAGGAAGGUGCUCGCAAGAUUAUUAACAUGCUUCAACAGCUCCAUAGUGCCAGAUAUCUUACACUUAGCGCGGACAUUGUUGAGUAUAUUUCCUUAUUUCCAGAUUUGUUAUCUCAACAUCCUUCACCCUUUAGCAACUUGAUUUGCUUGACUAUGGACUACAGCAAGCAGAAGGAUGCAGUCAUAGUAACAAAGUCUAGUGAAGCUAGAAAUUUCUUUCUUGAGAACUCUCCAAGCGCCACUUUUACCAUGCUAUUACCCAAGGUUCAUAGUAGAAGAUGA